GCACGUCUGGUUUUCAAACCGGCGGCGCGCGGGCGGCGGGGCUGGGCCGAGAACCGGCACGCGAGACCACCCGGGCGGGGCACGGCACACACCGACACCGAGAACGGGCCCGAGAGCGAGAGUGAGGGCGAGGCCGAGAGCGUGAGCAGGGCCGGCACCGUUCCCGGGCCAUGCAGGCCGCCAAGACUCCCGCCGCGCAGAAGCGGCCCCCGCGCAUCGCGCUGCAGGAGCUGCAGCUGCAACCGAGCGCCGACCGGACCGGGCUGACCCCGCUGUUCCACCGGCUGCGGCUCAAGGACCAUGACUGUGCCACCCCAGUGUCCCGUGCCUGGGGCUCCUGCAGCAGAGUCACCAAGGUGCCUUGCACCCCUGGACCCCUGCGAAGUGCUACCCUACUCCCCCCCAGCAGCACCACCUCAAUGCCUUGCACCCCAGGGCCCCAGAACAGCACCACUUUGGAGCCCUCCAGGACUUCUACCCUGGGCCCCCACACCUCGGAGCUCCCCAGGACUCCCACCCUUAAGCCUGGUGCCUCUGAGGCCCCCAGCAAUCCCACCCUUAUGCCUGGUGCCUUGGAGCCCACCAGCAGCACCAGCCCAGAAGCCCCUGGCAGUCCUAUUCCAAAGGUCAGCAUCCCAAAGCACCCCGACAACACUGUGCCAGCACCUCUGUGCAGCCUGGUCCAGAGGCUCAGCAACACGGAGCCCUCCAGCAUCACUGUGCCAGCCUCCAUGUGCAGCUCCAUCCCAGACCCCAGCACCCUGGAGCCCUCUGGAAACACUGUGUCAGCUCCCCCAUGCAACUCCAUCCCUGUACCCAGCACCCUGGAGUCCCCUGGAAACACUGUGCCAGCUCCCCUGUGCAACUCCAUCCCUGUGCCCAGCACCCUGGAGUCCCCUGGAAACACUGUGCCAGCUCCCCUGUGCAACUCCAUCCCUGUGCCCAGCACCCUGGAGUCCCCUGGAAACACUGUGCCAGCUCCCCUGUGCAACUCCAUCCCUGUGCCCAGCACCCCUAAGUCCCCUAGCAGUGCCAUGAAAGCCCCCCUGUGCAGCUCCAUCAUAGGACCCUGCACCCCAGGGCCUCCUGGCACCAGCUCCACCCCACAGAAUAUUUCUUUCCAUGGGUGGCAAGUGGCACACCCAGACUUUUCCUGCAGCCCUGUGGCCUCUGAGUCCCCAGCUGGAGAUAGGAGUACUGGUCCUCUGCCUUGCCAAGGCACCCCUGAGGGAGCCGAGUCCCCUGCCCCUGCCCCUCCAGAGCAGAGCCCACCUGGACUUGCUUCCACUGGGACAAGUGUGUUGGAGCCUGCUGGGUCAGAGGCAGCCAUUGCCCCUGUCACCUCUCCUGAGUCAGCCCCGGGUGCUGUGUCCUGGAUGUUACCACUGGAGUGGCUGGAGAAGACCCUCAAUGUCCCAUCCCUGAUGGAAUCCCUGCAGCACAACCUGCUCCUCCACAUGCCACAGCAAGAUGCCAAUUGCAGUGUCACUCCUGUGUCCACCAUGGUCACUGGCACCAGCAAGACUCCAGUGGCUAGCGUGGAUGCUGGCACCAGCAUGACCCCAGUGGCUAACGUGGAUGCUGGCACCAGCACGACCCCUGUGGCCAGCGUGGUGACUGGCACCAGCACGACCCCUGUGGCCAGCGUGGUGACUGGCACCAGCACGACCCCUGUGGCCAGCGUGGUGACUGGCACCAGCACGACCCCUGUGGCCAGCGGGGUUGCCAGCACCUUCAUGACCAUCCAGGACCUGUGGGAAAGGAGCAUAAACAGAUCUGGGGGAGGCCUGCUCUGUGCCAAGGACAGUGCUACUGAAACAGACUCCUUGCUCUGGCGCUGUCCCCGGGAGGAGCUGAAGACCCUGCCACGGGCAGAGCUGGAAGGGCGGCUGGAGAGCACCCUCAUCAUCAUCGAAGCCCUGGCACUCCAGCUGCGUGGCUUGCAGGGGAGCCAGCGGCUGCUGCCUGGUGUGGGGCCGGCUGAGCAGAGGGACGUGAUCACACAGACAGACAUCACCCGCCCUGAAGGGGAGGAGGAGAUUUACCACCACCUCUACCUCGAGCAGUGGAAGAAAACAGCGGCCCUGCAGCGGCAGCGGGGAGCAGAGCAGGAUCUGCAGCAGGAGCUGGAGCUGGCUGCCAAGAACGUGACCGCCUGGAGGAGCCAGUGCCUCCUGUUCCGGGGCCUCGUGGAUGCCGCCUUUCAGAGACUGCAGGAUGAGAAGGGAGCCCUCACACAGGAGCAGGAGCAGGUGAGGGCCCUGGUGUCCCGGUGCAAGGCGGUGCUGGAAAGAGUGCCCAGCAAGCUGAAGAGCUGCCUGGAGGAGCGGGAUGCCAUGAGGCAGCGAGCAGACGAAGCCCUACGAGCUAAGGAGGAGGGCUGUCGCUUCCUGGAGGCCUUCCGCACCCACGCCAGCGCCCAGAUCAGUGCCCGUGACCAGAGCUUGGCCUCCCAGAGAGAGCUGUGCACCCUGCUGGCAGAGGCCAUCGACCUGCAGAAAUCCCUGUCUGCUGAGGCUCAGGCUUUCCGGAAAAUCAGAGAUGUCACCUUUGAAAAUCUGCAGAAGGAAAGGAAAGCCAUGAAUGUGGAGCGGGAGCAGGUGAGGGCCCUGAUGUCCCGGUGCAAGGCCGUGCUGGAGCGUGUGCCCAGCAAGCUGCGGAGCUGCCUGGAGGAGCGGGAUGCCAAGAGGCAGCAAGCAGACGAAGCUCUUCAAGCCAAGGAGGAGGUGUCCCACCAACUGCAGGAGACCUCGAUGGCCCUGCAGAACGCGGAGGCUCAGCUGGAGCAGCUGACGGUGGCCAACUCACACCUUACAACAGACCUGAGCUCUGCAAUGACAAAUCAUGCCAGUGUGGAACAGGAGCGGGAUGCACUGCAGCAGGAUAACAAGAAGCAGCAAGAGAAGAUGGACGAGCUGGCACGGGAGAACAAGACCCUGAAGGGGAGGUGUGAUGAGCUGUGCCAGGAGCUGCUGGAGGCCACCGAGUGGCGGGAGUUCCUUGAUCAGGAGAACAACAUGUCCCGCAUGCAGCUGCAGGAGGUGGAGGCCAGGCUGAAGUCCACACAGGCCGCUCUGCAGGAGCGUACCCUGCAGCACGAGAAGCUGAUGGAUUCCCACCAACGCCUGCGGGAAGAGCAGGCUACCCUGAGCAAGGAGGUAGAGAGCACCAAGGCCGAGCUCCUCAAUGUGCAGAUGAAGAGGAGCAAAGUUUCCUGGUGCUCCAAGGACAUUGCAGAGUGCCACACGCGGCUGCAGGAGCUUGCUGACUGCCUCAAGGCCGCUCUAGAAGAGCAGGAUAAUGAUGAUGCCCCAUCGAGAAGCAAAGCCUGGACCCCAGCAGGGCGGGCCACAGGCUGGCAGACACCCCGGCGUGCCUGGACCCCUGCCUUCCGCACGCCAGCACACCGCACCCCACACUGCACCGGCAGCUCCUUCGUGGGCAGCGUCCUGAAAGCCAUGUCAGGGAAAGAUGCCAGUGAAGCCACCAGAGGUGGGAGUGCUGUUACCAAGGACAAACUCACAUCCACACCAAAGCCAGAAGAUCCUGAGGAGAGUCUGCUGGAGAGCGUGAAAGAGCUGAAAGCUGUGGUCUCCAACCUUGCCAUGCUGAGCUUCCGCAUCCAAGAGCUGGAGCAGAGCGAGUUCAAGGCACUGCAGAUGGAGAUUUCCGACUUGCAGCUCCGUCUGGAGACGGUGACAGAGGAGAACCAGGAGAAGAUGGAUGCCCAGGCUGCCACCAUUGCCAAGCUGAACAAGGCACUGAGGACCAAGAUCGAGAGUGAGAAGGAGCUGCAGGACGUGGUGAAACAGCAGGAAGAGAAGAUGUUGAAACUCAUUGACAAGAGUGGGGAAGUCACGAUGCUGAAGGAAGAGGUCUCCCAGCUGAAGCGCUCGCUCCAGCGUGCAGAGACGGAGGCCAAGGUGCUGUGGGAGGAGAUGCGGGAGAAGGAGCCCAAAGUGGACACUGCCCACGUCCAGGACCGGGUCUGGCUGCGGCAGGAGGUGGAUAAACUGCGGCUGCUGCUCCUGGAAAAAAGGGAUGAGAAACGGCUGCUCUAUGACAAGUGCCUGGCGCAGGAAGCGAUGCUCCGUGAUGUCCAGAAGGAGCACAUGAAAGAGCUGAGGACCCACGAGGAGAUGAAGGAGAAGAUGAAAGAAGUCCUGUCAGCCGUCCCUGAGGUGGUGGUGGUCUGCCAGGAGUUCCAAAGCCUGCUGCGGUACCUGGGCCUGAAGCCAGACAGCAAGGAAGCUGCUGAGCCGCUACCCCAAAACCCCUAGCUUGAAACCUUUCUGUUCCUAAUGUUAUAAUUGUUUAUUGAAUAAAGUUUUGUUGGCGUUUA